UUUAGAAUCCCCAGUAUCCCUGUUAAUCCUUUUUAAUCUUAUUAAAUUAUUAUUUUUUCCGCUGUGUAUAAUGGGUCCGAAUUUUGAGUCCACAUGUGGAUAUAGAAGGAUUAGAAGUUAAGUUAUUUGAAGGCUAACAGGCAUAUAAAGGGAUUUGAAAGAUAUCUAAGGAGUUUGAAAAAUUAAAAAGGAUUUAGGAGGAAUUGUAUGCGUACCUGAGGAUUUAUGAGAUCAAGGGAGAUAACGUUGGAUUUGUGAGGACCAGGGUAGAUAUCGGGGGAUUAAAAAGGAUUUCGUUGGUGUAUAAUAAAAAACAAAGAAAUAUUCAAUAUACACAGACAUAGUUUAGGAUGGCACAACCAAAAAAUUAUUCAGAAAAUUCCGAAGGAGGGUUGAAAUAUAGUACGGCCCCCUCAAUUAGAACGGCCCCCUCAUAUAGUACGGCCCUUUGGAAGAGGGUUGAAAAAUAGUACGGCCGGCCGUACUAUUUCAGUAAAUACGGUAAAUAAUAAUUUAUUACAAACAACAAACUUUAAGGAUCUUAAUUUAGCUAAUAAUUCUUUUAAACAUUCCCUUGUUGAGUUCAACGGAAAUGAUGUAGAUUUUCAACCUCAAUGGUUUUGGCUUAUACUUGUUGCAAUGCCUAUUUCUUGUAUUAUUGGUAACACACUUGUUGUAGCUGCCGUUCUUUCAAACAAAUCACUUCAAACCCCGACCAAUUAUUUGUUAUUAAGUCUUGCCUGUGCUGAUUUAAUGGUCGGCACAAUGGUUAUGCCUUUCCAUAUUUAUAUGACUGUUAAUUCACUUCAUUGGCAUUUAUCUAUAACUAUUUGUUAUAUGUAUUGUGUACUUGAUGUUCUUGCCUCAACUUCUUCGAUAAUUCAUUUAUUGUUAAUUAGUAUGGAUAGGCUAGUGGCUGCCACAAAACCUGCUGAAUAUAAAACACAUAAACACAGAAGAAGAGUGUAUAUUUCAAUUCUCUUCUGUUGGGUAUUCAGCAUUUUACUCUCUUUACCCCUCGUUUUUGGCUCAAAUGCAGAAACUCGUUUAUUUUUAAUAGAAAAACAUCAUUGUGGAAUUUAUAAUCCAACUUAUAUGUUUGGUUCUUCUAUUUUUGCCUUCUUUCUACCUCUGAUUUUUAUGUCUAUUAUUUAUGGAUAUAUCUUCUACACUUUACGUCGUCGUCUUCGAGCCAUUCAACUUCAAGAAAUGGCUGGGGGCCAAUUUCUAGGUUUUGGAGCUGAUAUUGGAAAUAUAGCUACAUCAGCAAUAGAGACAGUCAGAGGUGUAGAACAAAAACAUCGAAAUAUGUUAACUUGGGAAAAGCCUCUACUUAAAAAGAUUGAAGAAACUGCUGCAGAACAUGCAUCCUCAUUAAAUGAAAGUGAAAGAGAACAACUUCAACAUAUCCUCCAAGCAACAAGUUCAGGCUCUGGCCAAAAUUCAAGUAAUAACAGUAACAACACAAAAGAAGACCGACCAAAAAUAUUAUUUCGUUCAUCAAUCGAAACUUCAAUUGAUUGUGAUGAUCUGAGCAGUAUUAAUUCAAUAAAUAGUAGACCACCUUCUAUUUUAUUGGAUGCAAUAACUGUUCCGCCUAAUGAAACUGAGACUUAUCAAAAAACUAAAUUGAAUAUUUGUGGUUCGAAUUUUAAAAUUAUUAAAAAUAUUGUUGGUUGA